CCGUCCGCUUCAAGAAGGACCACUCGCUCACCGGGCGCAUCUUCGCCUUCGACGCCGCCGCCCGGCCGGGCUACGAGUACGAGCUGAAGCUCUUCGCCGAGUACCCGUGCGGCUCGGGCAACGUCUUCGCCGGGGUGCUGGCCGUGGCCAAGCAGAUGUUCCAGGACUGCCUGAAGGAGCCCGGCAAGGUCCUGUCCUCGGGCUACAAGUACCUGGAGUACGAGAAGCGGCACGGCUCGGGCGACUGGCGCCUCCUGGCCGAGCUCUUCACCGAGGCCGUGCGCUACUUCCGCGAGCCGCCCGCGCCCGACGCGCUGCCCCAGCAGUUCCUCGACGGCUCCUCCGCCACCGGGCCGCCCAACGUGCUGCUGCGGGCCGCGCCCCCCGCCCGCCCGGGUUUGAGACGCCGCAAGGCUUCCCCGGAGCCCGAGGGGGAGCUGGCGGCCGGGAAGCUGACGGGCGAGGAGCAGCUACAGCAGCGCCAGCACUGGCUGCCCCCGGGAUCCUCCACCGGGCUCUACCCGCCCCCGGGCCUGGCUCACCUGCCCGCCCAAGCCGGCCUGCCCGAGGGCUCCCUCCGCAACGACCCCUCGCCCAUCACGGCUCUGAAGAACGUGGCCGACACGCUGGGUGGCAAGGAGCUCAACCCCGUGCACUCCACCACCGCCCGGCAGAACAGCACCAGCCCGGCUUCGCCAGCCGCCUCGGGACCCCACCGCCUGGUGCCCCGCAAUGGAGAGCCGGGCCAAGCAGCCACCACCACCACCUCUUCUUCAUCCUCCUCUUCCUCCUCGUCUUCGUCCUCCGGAGCCCACUCUUCCGGGGCGGCCGAGCCCAGCGGCACCCAGAGCGCCCCCGACUCCUCCGGAGGGGCUGGCAGCGCCCCGCUCUGCUGCACCAUCUGCCACGAGCGGCUGGAGGACACCCACUUUGUGCAGUGCCCGUCGGUGCCGGGCCACAAGUUCUGCUUCCCCUGUUCACGGGAUUUCAUUAAAGCCCAAGGAGCUGCGGGCGAGGUGUAUUGCCCCAGCGGGGAGAAGUGCCCCCUGGUGGGCUCCAACGUGCCCUGGGCCUUCAUGCAGGGCGAGAUCGCCACCAUCCUCGCGGGGGACGUCAAAGUAAAAAAGGAGCGCGAUCCGUGAAGGCGGCCGAGAGGAGCGGCUGCGAUCCGGGACGGUGUGCCACGGGACGCCCCCUACCAACAUUGGUUCCUGCAGCCAGGGCAGGGACUGGAGUAACUUAUUGCCUCUCUGACAUCCUCUGCAACCCGCUGCGGACUUGGGGGGCCUGUAUAUAAUUCUAUUUUUUAAAUCCUAUUUCCAUAGCCAGCUUAUAUCUGAAGU